AUGAACUUGGUCAUUCUUGCUUUGCUCCUCUCGGGCCCAAAGGAUGAUCACAUGUCUGCCAAACUGGAAGAGACAUAUGCCAUUGAUAGCGGUGGACCACUUCAUUUGAUAAGGAAGCAUCAGCUGUCUAUCGUAUAUGUUUUAUCAUUUUUGUUCGAUGUCAUGAUUGCAAGUGUCAAUGGGCAGGACCUCAUAUCGCUCGUGCUCAUGUAUGCCCUUCUGUUGAUCCCGAUUGUUGUGUUUUUAAUGUCAUCGGCAGAUAAACAGCAGCCAUUAAUUUUUGGCCACCUGCAAAUUCAAACCUCAGGAGUACUUCUCGUGCUUAGCACUAUCAUGAUGUUGUCGUAUAAAUUUGAAAGCUACAACUUGAAGAUGAUAUUUGUCACUGCUGGUUCAUUGACAAUCUUCACAAUAAGUCAAUUGGAUAUCAACCAUACGAACCCUAUAAAUCAGUUUAUCAUUAAGAGCUUGUUUUUGACUAACUAUAAAAGAAACAUCAUCAUUUUGAAUGCUGUUAUGGCACUGAUCCUCCAGACGACCACAGAUUCUCAUAGCAAAUUGGAAACACUCAAAAUGAAUGCACUUAACUUUGCAAUAAACAUGCUGCUCAUGUUAAUCGUAAAUCCCACCAGAAAAUAUGAGCUCUCAUCUUCCAACGCAACCUCCUCUGAUAAAUCGCAUCCCAACUCUACUUUUAUGUCAUUAAUCUUCCAGCUUUUUACCUCGAAAGAGACAAAAUCCAUUUUCAAUUUCCUACUACUGAAUGUGUCUUUCAUGUUUAUACAAUUGCUUUAUUCCUUCCGAUCCAAAUCUCUGAGUCUUCUAAGUGACUCUCUCCAUAUGUUGUUGGACUGCACCUCACUGUUCCUAGGCCUCUUAGCUUCAUUAAUUGCAAAAAAUAACCAGCAGUAUCCGACCAAGGAGUUUCCCUUUGGUUUGACAAGAAUCGAGACUCUUGCGGGCUUCACAAAUGGUUCGCUUCUUUUAGGUGUGGUAUUUGGAAUUCUUAAUGAGUCCUUUCAGCGUUUGUUCCAUCCAGUCGACUUGCGCAAGACCGACGAACUUUUGAUUGUCAGCAUUCUUGGACUGGUGGUAAAUUUGGUUGGAAUAUUUGCUUUCAACCAUGGCCACAAUGGAUCGCAUGGUCAUUCGCACUUGCAUAGUCAUUCUCAUGAACACACACAUCAACAUGUGCACGAACAUUCUGAAUCCCACGAGCAUCUAUCGAAUCUGAGUGACAAUAUGCAUGGUAUGUUCCUGCAUAUUUUGGCAGAUACCCUAGGUUCUGUCGGUGUGAUUUUAUCAACACUGAUAGUCAAGUUGACCGGAGUCCAGGUCAUUGAUCCAAUCGCGUCUAUAUUUAUUGCAUUGCUGAUCCUGGUGUCUUCAGUCCCGCUUCUCAAAUCGUCUUCUUCGAAUCUUCUUCUUGCCUCGAAUGACUCCUCGGUGGGCGAGCUACAAUAUGUCUUAGGAGAGGUCCUAAAGGUUCCUGGCGUCAAGUCCUACACAACCCCGCGUUUUUGGCCUGUUAGUGAUACCAAUUCAAAAUUGACGGGUUACAUUCACGUACAGUACUAUCGCACCGAGACAUCGCUUUCACUGCGCAGCAAAGUCGACAAGCUUUUCAAAAGCUCUAAAUCAAUAUCAAGAGUCUACAUUCAAUACGAGAAUGAGAUUGAUGACUGCUGGUGCCGAAAGGACGGAAUUUUUAGUGUUGGAUAG